AUGAGCGUACUACUCCCCAAUAUGGCGGACUUCGACACUAUCUAUGAGCUGGAGGAGGAGGAGGAGGAGGAGGAGUCCGAGCCUGUGGUGCGGAGCCAGGAGCUGCCCCGGCCCCGCGAUGCGCCGGAUCCCGUAGCGGUACGGGGCGCCGGGCACAUCACCGUGUUUGGCUUGAGCAACAAGUUUGAUACAGAAUUUCCUUCUGUUCUGACAGGGAAGGUUGCCCCAGAAGAAUUCAAGACCAGCAUCAGUCGCGUGAAUGCCUGUUUAAGAAAGAAUCUCCCUGUCAAUGUAAAAUGGCUGCUUUGUGGCUGUCUGUGCUGCUGCUGCACACUGGGCUGUAGCCUGUGGCCUGUAGUCUGUCUUAACAAAAGAACUAGAAGAUCAAUUCAGAAGUUACUAGAAUGGGAAAAUAACAGACUAUAUCAUAAGCUUGGUUUGCACUGGAAGCUGAGUAAAAGGAAAUGCGAAACUAGCAAUAUGAUGGAAUAUGUAAUAUUAAUAGAGUUCUUACCAAAAUAUCCCAUAUUUCGACCUGACUGAGGAACAGCAUUUGAUCUUUCAUGUUACCUGUCAUUUUCUACCCUUAGUGCCUUGUAGAUGAUUUUGGAAAGAAGAUGGUCUACUUUGCUGUGACUUAAAAAUGUUCUUCAGUAGAAUAUCUUCCUUGCUAUGUUACUUUCUUUUGUUAAGAAGAGAACAAUUUGCACAUUUUUUUUUUUAUGUUAAAUGAGGCUUCUAUGUUGCACUCUGAAUUUUUAACAUUAACUGAUAAUAGUUGCCACUAGGGAUCCAACAUCAGUGCUGCUUAAACUUGUUCUGAGCAUGCGGCCUUAUUAAUUUCUAUAUUUGCUGUCCUCAAACAUGCAUCCUAAUGCCAUGUCACACUAUAUUUCAUUCUAAACAUUGCAAUCCUGUAAACCCUCCGUAGAAAUGUCCAGGUAAGCGUCUAGUAGUAAUAAUUUUAGUAUAACUUGCUUGCAUAGGACUUGCAAUCAACAGCACUGGUUUUGUCCUGCACUUUGCAAAAUCAUCAAUUACAUUAGGGGGUUAAUUAUU